AUGAUCGAGAAAUAUAUCGCCAGACUUGCCUUUUUCGGUAACAUCUGGAGAGGCCACAGAUCAUCCUCAUGCACACACGACGAUCGUCCGCUAUUUGAAGUAAAAAGGAAAGGUCGACCGCCUGCGCAAUGUCCAAAAUGUAAGCAAAUACGUAAAAAUGAUAAGGGUAGUAAUGGAUGUAUUUGUCCCUCUGAAAGCACCAUUCUGCCGAAGAAAGAUGGUCCUCCACCACGGAAACUGAAAAAAGGCGAGAGAGCACCACUACCGGAGAAACCACACUAUCCAAAUGGUCUAAAGGAUGCUUAUUCUACUCUCGUACCUCUGCCAACCGCAAACAAAGGUGAACCCAGCACAGUCAGUUUGGAGAGGCUCAUGAAUCCUUGUAAAUGUAAGGUUGGUGGGCGGUGUAACUGCUCAGCUAAAAAGAGAGAAAUUCUUAACGAUAUGCUGCCCUCAAUCACUGACGUCAUUGGUAAAUGUGCUUGUGGACCAACUUGCGCAUGUCCCGGUUGCUUGACUCAUGGAAAUCCACCUUUACCUCUAGAGGAGGAGAGCGCCACAUGUGGAUGUGACGAAAUUGACGUACAGGGUUUGCUCAACAAAACACAAUGUGGAAAUCUCGAAGAAUUUCUCCAUAAAGCUAGCUCAUUGGUGCCAUACCCACCUCAAGGGUUGAAUUCUACUAUAGAGAGCUACGUUGAUGGUAAGGCUUUUGGUUUGCAGUCAUGGCAGCAACUCUACGAUCCCCGGAAUAAAGGCAUCACGAGACUUCCACCUCUCGAAACGGAGUGUUGUGGUGGUAGCUGUCAAUGUCAAGAGCAUGGUGUUGAUUGCGAAGCAGACAAGAAGUCCAAAGCUGAUUUAAUGCCUCCACCACCACCUAUCAUGCGAACUUCGACUCAGGAAGGUAGUAGCUGCUGUUCGAAAGGAAAUAACGACAGCGGCGAGAAUAAUAACGGGUUUAUGUCCCCAACGACACUGACAAAAGCUAUAUCGCAACCGAAUGGGUUGAAAAUACCUCAGCAGUUGGUUUCACCUCCGACGCCGAACAAUCAUUGGUUUCCAAAGUUUAUACCACAGGAAAACAAGCAGGAUAGCUUCCUUGAAUUUCUAUAG